CUCGUCUCGCCUCUUGCACUGUCAUGGCGGGAAUAGCAAAGGAGAUCGUCACGCUAACGACACAUACACUCAAUGAUCAAGCGGCGCUCGGGGCACAGGCAAGAGGUGACCUGACCAUCUUGCUCAUGGCCAUCCAGACGACAUGCAAGUACCUCAGCACCAACGUCCGACGUGCCCGACUGCUCAAUCUCGUCGGCGUAGCCGGAACGGCGAAUGUGCAAGGCGAGGAUCAGAAGAAGCUAGACAUUAUCUCCAACGACAUCAUGUGCAGCUCAUUGAAAGCGAGUGGCAAAUGUGCAGUGCUCGUCUCAGAGGAGAUUGACGAGGCCAUUAUGAUCGACGACGAGCGACUCAAGGGAAAGUACUGCGUCGUCUUUGAUCCGCUCGACGGUUCGUCUAAUAUUGAUGCUGGCGUCAACAUUGGAACGAUCUUUGGCAUCUAUCGCGUCGCAGAAGGUUCGAAAGGUGCAGUAUCGGAUGUGCUACGUCCAGGAAGAGAGAUGGUCGCGGCGGGCUACUGCAUGUACGGCUCCUCCGCCAAUUUGGUCAUCUCGACGGGCAAUGGCGUCAAUGGCUACACGCUCGAUCAAGGCAUUGGCGAGUUCAUCCUCACCCACCCUGACAUCAAGAUUCCAGAACGCGGCAAGAUCUACUCAUUCAACGAGGGCAAUACGCUCUACUUCCAUGAACCCGUCACAAAGUAUCUCGAAUCUAUCAAAUUUCCAUCGAAUGGCAAGCCAUACAGUGCGCGAUAUAUCGGCUCGAUGGUCGCAGAUGUACACCGUACGCUGCUCUAUGGCGGCAUCUUUGGCUAUCCAGAUGACAAAAAGUCGAAAUCGGGCAAACUGCGUCUCCUCUACGAAGGUUUCCCCAUGGCCUUUCUCGUCGAGCAAGCAGGCGGUCUGGCCACAACAGGCACUACUCGUAUUCUCGAUAUCGAACCCACUAGCAUCCAUCAGAGAGUGCCCGUCUUCCUCGGCUCGAGGGACGAUGUAAACGAUCUCAUGUCGUUCUACAAGUCUGAAUAGGCGAAAGUAUACACC